CAAGAGCCGCCUUCCUUGUUAUUUCACCGUGCCUUUGCCCGCCAGAGGGCGGCCUCUGCCAUGGCUGUUGCAGACGCCUGUCCCUUUCCCGUCCCGGCUUCGUUCUCUACCUCCCGCCGCGGCCCCCCCGGCUCUGCUUCCCUCUCAGCCGGCGGGCGAGCGGGCACUAGGUGGCGCUGCUCGCCCUGCUCCUCAGGGUGCAGCAUGGCGGCGGCGGCGGGCGCCUCGCCGCCUCAGGCCGGGGCUGCUGCCGCUGCCGCUGCAGCCGCCCCUGCCCCUACCGUGGUGGCGGAAGAGUCGUCGGACAGCGAGCCGGAGCAAGAGCCCGGCUCCCCGCAGAAGCUCAUCCGCAAGGUCUCCACGUCCGGCCAGAUCCGCCAGAAGACGAUUAUAAAAGAGGGCAUGCUGAUGAAACAGACUAGCUCAUUUCAGCGCUGGAAGAGGAGAUACUUCAAAUUGCGAGGACGAACUCUGUACUAUGCAAAAACGGCAAAGUCAAUAAUUUUUGAUGAGGUCGAUCUGACAGAUGCUAGCGUGGCAGAAUCCAGCACUAAAAAUGUCAACAACAGCUUCACGAUUAUUACUCCAUGUCGGAAGCUUAUCUUGUGUGCUGAUAACAGAAAAGAAAUGGAAGACUGGAUUGCAGCACUGAAAACUGUACAGAAUCGUGAACAUUUUGAGUCUACCCAGUACAGUAUGGACCAUUUCUCAGGGAUGCAUAACUGGUACGCCUGUUCACAUGCUCGACCAACAUACUGCAAUGUGUGUCGGGAGGCAUUAUCUGGGGUCACGUCCCAUGGACUCUCCUGUGAAGUGUGCAAAUUUAAAGCUCACAAGCGGUGUGCUGUCCGGGCAACUAAUAACUGCAAAUGGACAACGCUAGCAUCUAUUGGAAAGGAUAUCAUCGAGGAUGAGGAUGGAAUUUCAAUGCCACACCAGUGGCUUGAAGGAAAUCUUCCUGUGAGUGCCAAAUGUACAGUGUGCGACAAAACAUGUGGCAGUGUCCUGCGCUUGCAAGACUGGCGCUGUCUCUGGUGCAAAGCCAUGGUACACACCUCAUGCAGAGAAUUGUUACCAACAAAGUGCCCCCUUGGCCUUUGUAAAGUAUCUGUCAUUCCUCCCACUGCUCUCAACAGCAUUGAUUCAGAUGGUUUUUGGAAGGCCACUUGCCCCCCAUCUUGCACAAGCCCUUUGCUGGUCUUUGUCAAUUCCAAAAGUGGAGACAACCAGGGUGUAAAGUUCCUACGAAGAUUUAAACAGCUGCUGAAUCCUGCACAGGUCUUUGAUCUCAUGAAUGGAGGCCCUCACCUCGGUUUACGUUUAUUCCAGAAAUUCGACACUUUCCGAAUUCUGGUGUGUGGUGGGGAUGGAAGCGUUGGAUGGGUUCUCUCUGAAAUUGACAGCCUCAGUCUCCACAAACAGUGUCAGUUGGGAGUGUUACCCCUGGGCACAGGCAAUGACCUUGCCCGUGUACUCGGCUGGGGAUCUGCUUGUGACGAUGACACCCAACUCCCACAGAUACUGGAAAAGCUGGAAAGGGCCAGUACUAAAAUGCUUGACAGAUGGAGCAUCAUGGUAUACGAAACAAAGCUCCCUCGUCAGGCAUCUGCUUCUACAGUCACUGAAGAUUUCAGUGAAGAUUCUGAGGUGCAGCAGAUUCUCUUCUAUGAAGACUCUGUCGCUGCUCAUUUAUCAAAAAUCUUGACGUCUGACCAACACUCAGUGGUCAUCUCAUCAGCAAAGGUGCUCUGUGAGACUGUGAAGGAUUUUGUGGCUCGAGUAGGGAAAGCCUAUGAGAAAGCACCAGAAAGUUCUGAGGAGUCAGAAGUCAUGGCCAGAAAGUGCUCUGUCCUGAAAGAGAAGCUGGACUCUCUUUUGAAGACAUUGAAUGAAGAAUCUCAAGCAUCAUCAUCUCUGCCAAACCCACCACCUACCAUUGCAGAAGAGACAGAAGAUGGUGAUGGUUCUGGUAGCGCUUGUGAUUCUUCUAGUGAACGUUCAGUUGGAUCAUCAUGCACUUCCCGCCCUCAAAUAUUCCGACCACGCGAACAGUUAAUGUUGAGAGCCAACAGUCUGAAAAAAGCGAUUCGUCAGAUUAUAGAGCAUGCAGAAAAAGCUGUAGAUGAACAGAACGCUCAAACCCAAGAACAGGAGAGCUUUAUUCUGGGUCUCACCACCCCUGGAGAGGGAAAGGAGCUAAGAAAUGAAAAUAAAAUCUCCUUGCAGUCAUCACACCCUGGCAACUAUGGAUUUCCAAAAGGGAGGGGUCAUCGGAAAGUGAUCAAGUCUCCUUGUGAAAGAUUAAUAAAUAAAGGAAAUUUACUGGUGGGAAGCUCUGCCUCUCUUCCUCCCCAGACAGGAAAUAGGGACAAUCUGCCAAUGCUGAAUGCAAAGAUCCUCUAUCCCAAUAUCCGUGCUGGGGCAUCUGGUUCUCUACCUGGAGGCUCUGUCAUCAGCCGGUUGUUGAUCAACGCAGACCCAUUUAACUCUGAGCCAGAAAAUCUUGAUUGUUACAUAGAGAAGUGUGUAAUGAAUAACUAUUUUGGAAUUGGGCUGGAUGCAAAGAUCUCUUUGGACUUCAACAACAAGCGUGAUGAGCACCCAGAAAAGUGCAGAAGUCGUACGAAGAACAUGAUGUGGUACGGAGUUCUUGGGACCAAGGAACUGCUACACAGAACUUACAAAAACUUAGAGCAGAAGGUUUUGCUAGAGUGUGAUGGGCGUCCAAUCCCUUUGCCCAGUCUUCAAGGAAUUGCUGUCCUCAACAUCCCCAGCUAUGCAGGGGGCACUAACUUCUGGGGGGGCACCAAAGAAGAUGAUACAUUUACAGCUCCUUCUUUUGAUGACAAGGUCCUAGAAGUUGUAGCUGUGUUUGGUAGCAUGCAAAUGGCUGUCUCUCGUGUGAUUAAUCUACAGCAUCACCGGAUUGCCCAGUGCCGGACAGUGAAGAUAGCAAUCUUGGGAGAUGAAGGGGUUCCUGUGCAAGUUGAUGGAGAGGCUUGGAUCCAACCCCCAGGAUAUAUUUGGAUUGUUCAUAAAAACAGGGCACAGACGCUAACUAGAGACAGGGCAUUUGAGAACACCCUAAAGUCCUGGGAGGACAAACAAAAGUGUGAGCUGCCCCGACCUCCCUCUUUCUCACUCCACCCAGAGAUUAUAUCAGAAGAAGAGUCCACUCAGAUCAAUCAAUUCUGCCGAGCAGCAGGAGCUCUGAUUCACAGUAUUCAGGAAAUAGCCCAGUCGUACCAGGACAUGGAACAAGAACUUGCUCAUGCAGUCAAUGCUUGCUCCAAGUCUAUGGACAAAGUAUAUGCCAGAUCUAAGUCUACAGAGGGCCUGAACUGCAACCUUGUUGUAGAGAUGGUGAAUAACGUUAAAGCCUUGCAUAAUGAGACAGAGCUGCUCCUCGCUGGCAAAAUGGCCCUGCAGCUGGAUCCUCCGCAGAAGGAGCAGCUCCUUGCAGCCUUGACAGAAAUGGACUUUCAUAUGAGGAAGCUAGCAGAUAUCCCUUGGCUCUGGCAGCUCAUGGAACCCAGCGAUGAAGAGAACCAGCUGUUGGAUUAUUCUAAACGUAGCCGGAGUGGCAAAUUUCGUCUGGUGACAAAGUUUAAAAAGGAGAAAAACAACAAAAAUAAGGAGACUCGUAGCAGCUUGGGAUUGCCGGUUCACCUCUGGGGAACGGAGGAGGUUGCGGCCUGGCUUGAGCAUCUCAGCCUUUGUGAGUAUAAGGAUAUCUUCAUCCGACAUGACGUCCGGGGCUCUGAGCUCCUGCAUCUCGAACGGAGAGACCUGAAGGACUUAGGCGUGACCAAAGUGGGCCAUAUGAAGAGGAUAUUACAUGGGAUCAAGGAACUGAGCAAGAAUCUUCCUGUCAGCGAGGCUUAACUUCUGUUUUCAGAGCUUGUAUCUACCAUUCCCCCUGAUGUCUGCACAACUGACACCUCAAAGAGUGGACUUGUUAAGAAUUGUCUCUGUGGAUCAGCCAAACACUGUCAGUGUUCAGAGCUCAUAUUCAAACUAUCAUGGUGCUACCAUUCUGGUAUGGGCUAUCCAAUCCGAUGGCACCUUGUGUUCAAAGCCAGUGUUACUUUGUCCUCACCAACCACCUCCUUUACAUAGGCCUGGGCACACUCUCUGCAUAAUAGACUCUUUCACCCACCCCAGUAAAGCAGCUUGUGAGCCAGUAACUUUUUGUAGAUGGAUGAGUGCUCCAGCUAGUCACAGAACCCAGUAUUCUAACUUCUGAGGAUUGCGCCAAAUAUUAUGAGCAGUGAAAAGGCACCUGUUCAAAACUCACACAUACAAGAUGACAAAAAUGGGCUAUUGAGAUAAAUGGGAUUAUAAACUUCCAACUUAGGACAACGUAAAGGGAAAAAAAGAAAUAUAAUACUAGACUACUAUUAUACUGUCUCUGUCCUGUAUACCAAGGGGAAUCAAAUUCAGGACAGAUUAUUUUGCCCUUUCUGUGGAACCAGAGAGAUGAACUGAUCAUUGAUGACAAAAGUUGCUAUUUCUUCUCUGAGGACAUUUUUUCUUCAAAGCCAUAUACAGGAACAUUCUCCUGUGAUUCUGCUCUAUAAUGCUCCCGGAUGCAGAAGGCAUUGGAAUUACAUGUUGUUCUAGGGACUUGCACCAAAUGCUUAAAACAUCAAGUGCCUAGAAAUACUGAAAUGUCUCAGAAGUGCAUCUAAGAUAUGAAAAUAUGCUGAUUCCUGAUUACAUUACUUGUUCUAUGUAUAACCUCUGGUUCUACCAAGUUAAAAAAAAAAAGAUUGACACUUCUGGAAACAGUAAAAGAAACCAUUGUCAAAGAAGGGGUCCUUCUGUGCAUAGGUUUAGGCAGGGUAUAAUUUGUAUUUCCUUUCUGUGACUCUUUCCCAAACUUUAAAAGCCAGAGCAUCAUUGCUUAAAAUGUGUAAAAUAUCUUCUCUGUUUUAGGAGAACCUCUGCCAGAUUCUUCACUGGUGUACUUUCACUGAAUUAUUCAGGAUUUUCCUUCCUAAUUAUUUUGUCAUUGUAUCUAGUCUUGUUUCCUUCUGCCACUUCUUGAGGAUGACAUGGUAUUAUUUAUGGGGGGAAACAGUCACAUUUGCAAUAUAGAUUGUUAUAUGGAGAAAGAGGGAGAGAGAGAGAGAGAGAGAGAGAGAGAGAGAGAGAGAGAAUAUCUUAAACCUGAGCCCCACAUCUCUGCUGGCUCUGUUCAGUUAUCACUGUUUGCAGAGAUAUUUUGCCUUACUGGUACAGAUUACUCUCACUGUGUUGAAUUCCCUGUAUACACUAGACUAGAGGAUUGUGAAUGGCAGGUCUUCUUGGUAUUAACCAGAAAGUUCACCCAUUAGAUUCUUUAAUUUACUAUGAUAUGAUUGAAGGUUUGUGCCAGACUUGAUAAGGCCUCCAUCAAACAGAAGAUACUAAAGAUUAUUCCUGCACUGUAUUAUGGGUAAUAACUGUGUGUUAGCCUCUUCCAUUUCCUAGUAAACACCUCAGGGAGUAGGAUCAUCAUAUGAUAACUGGAGGAACCCUAAGCGAGGAAUUGACAUUUUCUAUUCUUUUAAAAAUCAGUAUCAGUGGAAGUAAUGUAUUACUUGGCUUUUGGGCUUCUCCCUGAAAUUUCAUGUGGAGUCAAGAUGUUUUCAUUUUUAGCUUCUGAGUAAAUUGUUCUUGUCCUAAAAGGAGCAGCUUUGCUAAAGUCCCUUGGCUCAAAAUGAUAGGAUCCCUUUAUUUCUGUAUUGCAAUCAGGUGACAUCACCAUUUGAUAAUCUCUGAUGUUUGUAAAGAGUUCUGGAUUGCAUCAGUGCAGUUUUUAUGAGGGAUUAACCCUUUGACUGAUAUCACCCCUUCAGUACAUCUCUAUGUAUUUCUUUGUAAGGAUCAUUUGGCGUCUUGGGCCUGAGGAUCAGGAGGUGCUCCACUUUUUAUUUCCAUCUAGAAAAUGAGAUUUGUGCUUAAGUUGGGUACCAUUUCAUUUGCACUAGAUAUAUUGAGAAGGAGGAGAUGAAGUCUAGAAUUAGCACAUCCUAAACCUAUUACAGUGCACUGGAAACAAGCUAGUCUCCUUGCAACAUGGGAAUCCUAUAUCUCAUAUGUUAUAAACAGAUAUCAGUGCAGCUGAGCAAAAUGAGUAUUUAACUACUAUGGAGUUAUACCUCUGGUACCUAGUAAAAUACUGGUUGGAAAAUGUCUUUAUGGCCAAGCAAAAAUAACAAAAAAGACUGGGAGAAAAGACACACUUUUAUGAGUGCCAUAACAAACUAGAUAUUAUAUUUUGUGAUUUUAUUUUUUAAAAAUUACACUUAAGGCAUAAGGUGAUCCUAUGCUUUGGACAUCAACCACUUUACACUUUUUAAGUAUUUUGAGUUGGUAACAGGACAGGGUUUUGCUUUUGAGGGGUGCGGUUGGGAAUGGUGCUUUUGAAUGUUUUAUGCCCAUUUUGCUUAGCACUAUACUGGAAUAUUGCCUACUAGUGUUUUGUAGUGGGUCCAUCACAUUCGGUGUAAGUAUAUUCACUAUAAAAGUUUUACCCAAUAAAGUGCCAAUCCUGAACUCCUAUUGAAAGAAGGUUAUAUCUUAAUAACAUGGUUUAGUGUGUGAUUUAAAAUGAAAUAGCUUCUUAGUGCCCAAAAUAUCCACCUUCAAUUCAAUGCAGCUCUUAGACACAUAUAUGAAUGUGCAGGAUAAUCCUAUGCAUGUAUACUCAGAAAUGAGUUCCACUGAAUUGUAUGUGUCUUAUUCCCAAGUAAGCAUCCACAGGAUUGCAGCCAAACUUAUAUUUAUUCACAUUGUCAGUCUGUAGACACACAAGGAGUAAAAAUUCCAAUUAAUACUGCAUCUCUAAUAGGAACUGUAAAGAGGCAUUUGGUGCCAGUAUCUCUUGAAAAGCUCUGACCAUCUAUAUCAUAUUAAAAUUGUUUUUUAGUAUUAUUUAAAGAUGAAUAUAGUAUGUGAUAAAUGAAAGACUGUUUACACAAAACUCCUUGUAUCUUAACAGAUAUGUGUGUGAUGUAAAGAAGAAAAGAAAAUUGUUUUUAUAAGUAAUUUGAUGUCUGUAUUGUUGCCCACCAAUGACUGUUCCUCAGGAGUGUCGUAACCAUUCCGGUAAUCUGUCAAAAACAUAGGGAAGCAUUUCCAUCCUGUACAGUCUUGGGAAGAAGGUUUUGUGCCUUAAGAAUGAAACCUGAUAUUUAUUAUUUUAAUUUAUACAGUGAUUACCAUGGAAACACCUCUUGUAUGUACAUAUUUUGCAGCUGAUGGUUGUAAAUAUAUUGUUCUUGUAUAUAAAGAAAAUCUGUUUGUGA